GCUGAACUCACAUCCCCUGUCAACAUGUCCUACAACUGCUGCUCUGGAAACUUCUCCUCCAGCUCCCUUGGGAGUCAUCUGCACUACCCAGACUCCUUCUACUCCAGCAACCUGGUCUAUAGCACUGAUCUCUACUCUCCCAGCACCUGCCAGCUGGGUUCCUCUCUCUACAGUAGCUGUCAGGAGACCUGCUAUGAGCCCACAAUGUGCCAGCCAUUCAGUGCGGUGUCCAGUCCUUGCCAGACAUCCUGCUACUGUCCGAGGACCUCCACUCUCUACCAUCCCUGUUAGACAAUAUAUGCUGGGUCUCUGGGUUUUAGGUCCAGCAGAGGCUGCUCCCUGAGCUCUGGAUCCAGAAGCUGCUACUCACUGGGCUGUGGAUCCAGUGGCUUCAGACCCCUGGGUUAUGGAGUCCAGGGCUCUCCUACCUUGGGCUAUGGAUCCAGAUUCUGCCACCCAACCUAUUUUGAUUUUCGGCCUAUCUGUGGAUCUGGCUUCUAA